CAGUUGCAAUCGAACCUUGUAAGGCAAUAAAGAAAAGAGAUGAGUUCCAUAAUCCAAGUGGGAUGCUUUCUGAUUGUUCUUGGAUGCAUUUUGGGGACAGGACUCGCCCAGAGUGAUGCCGAAUUCACGGCUAAGGCCCGUGAAAUGCUCGCAGUGUACGGGAAUCCCGCAGUCGACAAAAAUACUCAGUACCGAAAUAUUCCCCAAUUGGUUGAAUUCUAUGAGAAGUACUACGACCGCAUUCAUCUUACUGAUCAGGAACGGCAGCGUGCUAACGAACUGCUGACGCGGUAUAGGACGGAGAAAGCCAAUCAAGUCUAUGUGGAUGGUGUGCCGCAACAGGGAGGAUUCUUCAAAUCCGUGUUCAAGGAGUUGGUUGUGGGCCUGGCUGUAGAGGCCUCCAUUGAAGGCAUAAAACGAGCGACUUCUUCCGGAUGCACCAUCCAAAUAAGUCGAGAAAUGGGAAUCUGUGGGAUUAUUUUCCUAAUCGCCAUUUACAAACUUAGCCCCUCCAUAAUAAAAAUUGCAUCAAAAGUUGAGUUUACCAACGUGAAGUGCAUUCCGUUGGACCCUGAGUUCGCCACCUUUGACUAUUGCUUUCUCAAAUCAGUUAAUCGUACAUAUAAAUACCUUUCCCUAAGAGUGAAGUUGCUACAAAGGCCCGUUACCAAGAUUAAGGUUAACGUAUCAUUUCUGAGGCGAUAUAGUGGCUACAAACCCUUCAUGUAUAACGUUACGGUUGAUGCCUGCAGAUUUAUUGAAAACCCCAAAGCUAAUCCAAUUGCUUAUUAUAUUUAUAACUUUUUCGCACACCACUCCAAUAUGAAUCAUUCCUGUCCCAUUGAUGAAGAUGUUGUUGUGGAAAAACUUCCUACCACUGCCAUCAAUAAGCAGGUAACUGAUGUCUUGCCAGUUCCUCGAGGUGACUACCUUUUUCAGUCAAACUGGCUUGCCUACGAUAUUAACCGUGCUACUGUGAGCGUUUAUGUAACAAUAUCUUAA